AUGAUAAAACAGUGGGCUUUAUUGGUUUUCUUCUACAUGGCAUGUCUCAAAAUUGCGACUAUUCAAGCAUGUGUUGAUUCCUCACAAAUAACAGUUGGUUCAGAGCACAAUAUUUACUGGUUGGAAGGAAAAAUAAAGAGGUACUUGUACCCUAACAACGGUAAAAUAGGUACUUACGGUAAGCCAUCCGAAGCAAAGCCUUUUCAAUUUUUGUCUGGUAAAUGUCAAGGCCAAAGUGGUCAACCAUACUAUUGCAAGAAAUCAGGCGUGUUUGCUAGCGGUGACCUAGUAAUCUUAGUCUAUGGAAAGGAGUGUUUUUACCCUGGAGCAGGAGCUUUUGAUCAGUGCUUUGGUAAUGGUCUUCAGUCAAAUAUGCAGUUGACCCUUCUUGACAAUAACUAUAAGGAUAAUGGCUGUAAGGGAUUCAAGCUUAGGUUCAAAGGUGGCGAUACGUUUGGUAGCGAAGGUGGAUAUUUAGCUGGAAAUGAUGAACAUCUUAUUUUUUACCUUGAUACAUGA